CGGCAACGACGACACCGGGGGAAGAAGAAGAAGAGGGGCCGGUGAAAGACGACCGAGCACACCAUUCCCAAAAGUUCGGCUGCUACUCACCCCACGAUUCUUAUCCUGAAAAUCUUCAGAACCGCCUGGCGUGCAGCAGCUGAACAGGACCUGUGUAUUUCUGUGGAAAGGGAGCGUGUUGUGACUGUCUGCUCCCUUGCCCGGGGGGAAGAGCGAAAAACAGCGAGAGAGAGAGUGUCUGUAGUUUCUGUGAGCACGGUGUGUCAGAGAAGAGGAGCCUGUGACCAUAUAGUGUGUGAGCGGCUCUCCCUAUGUGUGUGACAAUGGGGGACAUCAGUGAUCUGGACCGACAGAUAGAGCAGCUCAGACGCUGUGAGCUCAUUAAAGAAAAUGAAGUCAAAGCACUGUGUGCCAAAGCCAGAGAGAUUUUGGUUGAAGAAAGCAACGUCCAGAGAGUAGACUCUCCGGUCACAGUGUGCGGUGAUAUACACGGUCAGUUCUAUGACUUGAAAGAGCUUUUCAGAGUUGGCGGAGACGUCCCGGAGACAAAUUAUCUGUUUAUGGGCGACUUUGUGGACAGAGGCUUCUACAGUGUGGAGACUUUCCUUCUUCUGCUAGCUCUUAAGGUGCGUUACCCAGACCGGAUAACCUUGAUCCGGGGAAACCACGAGUCCCGGCAAAUCACCCAGGUGUACGGCUUCUAUGACGAGUGCCUCCGCAAGUACGGCUCGGUCACCGUGUGGCGAUACUGCACCGAGAUCUUCGACUACCUGUCUCUCUCUGCUAUUAUUGACGGCAAGAUCUUCUGUGUGCACGGGGGUUUGUCUCCCUCCAUCCAGACACUGGACCAGAUCCGGACCAUCGACAGAAAACAGGAAGUGCCCCACGACGGACCCAUGUGUGACCUCCUGUGGUCGGACCCUGAAGACACUACGGGCUGGGGGGUGAGUCCCAGGGGCGCCGGCUAUUUGUUCGGGAGCGACGUGGUGGCCCAGUUCAACGCCGCCAACGACAUUCACAUGAUCUGCCGAGCGCACCAGCUGGUCAUGGAAGGCUACAAGUGGCACUUCAACGAGACCGUGCUCACUGUGUGGUCAGCACCCAACUACUGCUACAGAUGCGGCAACGUGGCGGCCAUCUUGGAGCUGGACGAACAUCUACAGCGGGAGUUCAUCAUCUUCGAGGCGGCGCCGCAGGAGACCAGAGGCAUCCCCUCCAAGAAGCCAGUAGCUGACUAUUUCCUGUGAAAAAAAGCCUUGGAGCAGAGCAGCCAUGACGAUGCGUCAAGAUCUCCGGUACCAUUUCACGCCAGCUGCACCCUCCACCCACCCCCACCACCAACAACAACUUACCCACCACACGCCGCUGGGACGGUUCUGUCAGUCUGAACUCAGAGCAGUUUGACAGAAAACCUGCCAACAAUACAAAACACAACAGAAACAUAAAAACAACACAGAGCCUCGGCUUUUGAAGAGCUGGAUUUUUUUGCCGCGCUGCCCAAGCCUGACAGAGCAGUCACUGUGAAAGGUUAAAGAGGGGGCGAGAGGCGGAUACUGGGUCCAUGACUGUAGUCACCAUGAGUUUCUUUCUCCUCCACUCUCCUUCCAUUUCUCUCUUUCUCUCUCCUCUCUCUCUAUCUCUCUGUAGAUACAACUCUUCCCUUCCCUGACUUCACCUCCAUUGUAGUUUUUUUCAAGACGAACAUUGUCAUAUAGUUUUAGGAGAAUUUGGAAGGAGCUAGAUCCUUUUUUUUUUUUUUUUUUCCUUUUCUUUUUUUCUUAAGAAAUAUGCUGAUGUAGGAAGUUUCACAAUUUCUGAUGUAUGGAAUUCCUUUGAUGCAUACGUUGUUUUUUUCUUUUUCUUUCUUUUUCUUUUUGUAUAACUGUUGCUGCCAGGAUUUACAUGCAAACCGACCUCUCCCUUCUUGCUCUUCUGUUCCUGUUCCAUGGUCAUCUGUUUUUGUGUGACACUAUAUUUAACAUAGCGGGUGCUGCUGCUCAGCACCAUCACAAAUAAAUCCCGGAGAUGUUAAUGACUGGCCAAACGGAGUCACUAUAUUCACCAUUGGUUUUUUUCCUCUUAAUUCCUUUUAAUCUACAAAUCUCUGUAGGUCUGUCAAUUUUGAUAUUGUGAGAAUAAAGUUUUUAUAUCGA